AGUUGGUUAUGGGGUGCUUGAUGUUAGCUGACGAUAGAAAUGGCGAAAGAAAAUUUGUGUAGUUUGUUUGAAAAUUUCCUCUGUGCUUAAUUAUACAGCUAAUAUGUGGAAUUAAAUGUGAAAAUUUGGUAGACUAGGUGUUUGGGCAUCGAUUGUUGUAUUUAUAUCCAAACGCAGGUGGCAGGGAAGCCCCUAAAACAGCAAAGGAAAUGUAACAGUGAUUUUUUUUUGUCAAACUUGCAUAGACAUCAAUUUUCUGUUUUAUAUAAAAAAAAUCCUGUAAUGGUUGUUUGAAAGUGCAAUUGCAAUUUGGUAGUGCAUUGAAAACGAAAUUCAAUGGGCGCAAUGACUGAGUGGGUGAGAGGAAGUUUCCUGUUUUUUGCCACAUUCAGCGUCUGUGCAGCAAUGCCAAUAAAUGGAGCGGAUUCCGUGCGCCCAGGCAAUUGGAGUGCUGGAACAGUGCUUUUUGCUGUGCUGAGUUUUAUGGGAAUUGGAACCCUUCUUGGCGCCUGUUUGUGUUGUCGCCGCAGAAAGCGUGGCUUUGAGGAGUUCAAAAAUGAAACACCAGGAAGCAGUGAGACUGCCAAUCGUACGGAAUAUCCAAUCUUUGGUGCACUCGCAUCCAAUCAACGUGUUGGUGGUGGUGAUUUGGAAGAAACGAGACCACCAAAUCACGUUAAUGCUGAUCAAACGGCAAAUAUAUGCAGCAAUACCACCAAUAAUGGCUCUCAUUCACCACAAUUAAUUGUAAAUGUGAAUGAAGUGCAGACAAAUCAUAAUAAUAUUAUGUAUGCUGCACCAAUUAAUCAUGAUUUUGACAACAACAAUGGCCCAAUAUCGCCAUCCGAUAUGGAGAACAUUGAGAAUAAUAAUGCUGGAGAUUACAUUGCAAAUCGCAAUGAAAUUGGUGUUGUCGUUGAGCCAUCUAUUAAUGCCAUUAAUAGGAAUUUUGUUAAUUCAGUCCCAUCCCAUGAAGAUGCCAUAGUACAUGAAUCGUGUGUUGUGCUUGAUAUAGAAGAGGUGUCGUCUGGUGUGCCAAAAACACAAAUCGAUAGUGAUUCAAUGUUGCCAGUUAUAAGUACAAAAAGCCAAUCAUUUUUGGAGAAUCUCGACUUACGAAUGGAGUUUGGGGAUGCAAAAAGUCUUCCUGGGAGAGAUAAGGGGGAGUGCGAUGGAGAUGUAUCAGAUAGUGAUGAGGGUGCAUCGGGAAAUAGUGAAAUUGAGGAAGCUCUAAUGGCACUACAUAAUGCCAUUGCAGAUGAAGACACCUGCGAUAUAAAUGAUGAGGAUGAUGUCAGUGAAGAAGCAAAGUAUGAGGAUGUAUUGGAGACACUUGCGGUUGAGAAUGUGGAGAGGAAUGGUGAAUGCAGAAAUGCAUACGAGUACCAUGUUGAUAUCAAUGAGAUUGAAGCUGCGGCAGCAGAACUCGUUGACUCUGUACUUGUGGAAAGUGAAAAAAUUGUUGGUAGUAUGCGGGAAGAGAUGAUGCAAGAAAUUGUGGAUGCCAUGGAGAAAUCAACGGAUUCAUUUGAGGAGGCAUUCUUUACGAAUAUUCAUAGCAAUAAAUUUCUCCAAAGUACACCGAGUGUCACCAAUAAAGUAACUCAUAUCGAUUUGUUGGGGUGUCAGCAGCAGCAGCGUGUUCUAUUUGACGGGGAAAAUUCCAGUAGUGAAACAGUAAACGCCAAUGAUGAAACGUUUGUAAAGCCAACUGAUGGAACUUUUGUGAAGCCAUCAGAUGGGACUUAUGUGAAGCCAACAGAUGGGACAUUUGUGUGCGAGGGCGAGGCGAAUGCUCCCACGAUAGUGGUUGAAAGGGAAAAGGAUGAGGUGAUAUCGGUGGAUCUCACAACAAUAACACCAGUUAACACACCCAUUGAGAUUAAUUCAGCGUAUACGGUGGAUAGUUGGUAUUCACAGCCGUCGACGUCGAAAGCAGGUCAUUCGGGGUGGUUUUUGCAUCCUCAGAAGACAGAUGAAGGGGAGGCAGAAGCAGCAGAUGGGGCAAAAAAUGAUGAAACAUUCAAGAAAGCCACGGGGAAUGAGACAUUUGAGGUUCUCACGGGAGACGAUGAGGAUGACGAUGAUGACGAUGAGGAGGAUGAUGGGAGAAAUCUCGAUGUAACAUUCGAUGCAUUGCGACGACAGUUAGAGCAAGUACUCCCUCAUGCCCAAGGCAUGAUGAAUCCCAUUAAUUUCUCCGACGAUGAAGAGAAUUUCCAGGACAAUCGAGGAGAGGUAUUUCCGGAUUUUGUCCUUGAGGGUGCAUCGAAUGUGCAAUCAGCAAAGGAAAUCAUAAUAAACUACCAGCGAAGACCAUUGUCGCCAAUUGCCGAGGAGAGUGAGGAUGAAACGACAUUUAAGACAUUCGUAAUGAAUGAGGCAAAGUAUCAGGAUAGUACGAGUACGGGAUGUAUGGAGACGGGAGAAGCAAUUAUGGGUGUUUCAAAGACACUAAUGGCGUCAAAUGAUACUUUAUUUAACUUUGAAGACACACUCGGGGAUAGAGAUGACCAAUUUUCGCCACAAGUUGAAAAGAAAAAUCUCCAAAGUAGCGGAAUUGUGUCUCCUGUUGAUGUGCCACCACCGGAAAAGAAAGCCAUGAGUUUGGAGUUGAAUCUAACACGAACUAUCGAGGUGAAUGAGUUAUGUUCACCCGAGGGAGCAAAAACAUUCUCAGAAGAUCACAUUUCAUCAGAUUUAGAUCCCGAUGCAACGUGCACAACAAAUACCAUCGAAGGGGAAACUUGUAUUUCAAUUGGUGGAAUACCAAGUACCACAACCCUUGUUGAGGAUGAUGAGAGAAUUUCGGAAAUAUCGGAGCCUGAUUGGAAUUCAGAUCUUACUUCCACUGAUGUUGCGGGAAAAGAGGGGAAUCAAGAGGUGGAUAGGAAUAGUCUUAUGGAUGUGGAUGAGAUAGAUGUGGAGGAAAUCAAUAGUACUCUGGGUAUUUUGACGAAUGGAGAUAAAAACAAUAAGUUGUCAGAGACUGAAAGUGACAAUGAUACGGUGAACGAUGAUGAAGACUUUUCAAAAUCUCCACACCCAGUCAAGGUGGUUGAGAAUGGCGGGGGUGAUGGGGAAGAGAAUGGGGACAAGAGGGAUGAUCCUCCACAACAUUCUACUGAGAUAUUGCAAGCCAAAGAUACGGAUGGUAAAUCCAUUUCACGCUAUGAGGGCAAUCGAAAGUCACCACCACCCAUGCAGGCAGGUGGGGGGAAAGUGGCGUCUGCCAAUCAUGUUACCCUCGCAACAACGGAUAUGCUCGUGAAGGAUUUAUCGAUGAAUAAAUUCUGGGGUGAAUCCACCCCCGUUAUCUACAAUAAACAUCCCAUUGCUAACUACAGCAUAUACGAGAUAGCUGAUUACGAUGGGCUCGGUGAGGAGAGUGGGGUCAUCCUCUCCGAGGGACAGUGUCUCUCUGGGGAAGAGGAUCCAUGGUCCUCAUCGGUCAUGGGGCAACAAAAUGCUCUCAGCGAUAUUCGAUACUCUGUACCAGCGUGUGAGAUGAUGUCAACAUCAUUCAAUGGUGAUGAGUGGGAUAGCGAUGGGAAUGCGGUGGAUGAUGAAGAUGAUAGUAAUAGCAGUGAAGAGUUUAUGUACCUCAAAGGUCUCAGUGCUGCAGAGACGGAAAAAAUGUAUGAGAAGGAGGUGGAAAAGGACACAACAUCACUCAAUGGGCCAUGUGAAACGGAAAUUUGGGCAAAACAUCAAGAUAAAGUACCCGUCCACAGGAGUUUGGAUAAUUCUGAGUCACCACCUUUGAAUUCUGAAGAUUGUUCAUCGGAUGUUGAAGGGGAAUUUAUUCCAUCUUGUUGGGAUUCAAUGGCUCUUCCUGCACGAUCUGCAAUGAAAAGUCCCGAUAAAUCAAGCAGUGAAGAUGACUCAGUCGGUGGAAAGAAUCGGAGGAAUGUGAUAUUCAAAGUACAGAUGUAUCAUUCUGUAUAUGAGUACCCCCGUGAAGUUGUGCCAUUAUCGCCAGCAUAUAGUGAGCCAAAAGUUUGGAAUCACCAUAGAGACAAUCUCCAAUCAUCGAAGUUCAAUGCAGAAGCUAUUGAUUUAGAUGGAUUUAUGGUCUCAAGUUCAACUCGUCCAUUUCACAAUAGCCAAUUCCAAGCACAGUGCAACACUUGGCCGAGUGAUUCAGACUUUUCUUGGUCACAAUUGCAGGAUGGCGAAGAUGAAGAUGUAAAGUACACAAAUUAUUCUUCAAUGCCCAUUGACUGGCCAAAAAGUCUCAGCGAUUUAUCGCGUCAAGAGGAGAAUUUGCGAGGGAGUGAUCAUGUGUAUGGGCAUGAGGAUGAUGGUGAAGGUGUUGCUACUGCUGAAUUAUGUGAGUCAACAUCACUGGGUGAUUUAUGCCAUCAGAAGCCACUUUUACGGCUUCCACUGACAACGGUGAAUGUGUCAACGGUGGGGGAGGGUGAGGACGAUGUGGAGGAGGAAGUGGAAAAGCAGAAAAAUGCUGAAAUUUUGGAGGAGAAAACAGACGGUGAUAACUUUAUUCUCCCAACACCAUCAUGUACGGGAUCAAUGGAUUCCCUGAGUUCAAGUUCGGGAUCAGAUCGCCCGAUGAGUUUCACAACGUUCGGGAAGACAAUGCAUUCGGAGAGUUUUGAGGAUUCCCUGACAAGUAGUCGUGAUGGGAGUGGAGAUGGUAAUAAUCUACCAGAUGGAGAUAUGAUUGUUUCACGGGAGGAUCUGAUUAAUGAGGUAGAGCGCAGAAGUCAAAAGGUCAAUCACGAUCGAUCGACAAGAAUAAGCGAUAGUACCGAUGAGGAUUCCGGUAUUGAAUCUGUUUCGCGAAUUAUAAAAUAAAUUUAUAGCGUUUCGUUUAAUUCUUGUGUCCAAAUUUUCUGUUAACUGUGUUAGAGAUCCCUAAAACCUGUAAAACACCUGUUUAGUUUGGUGUUUUUUUUUUUUGAACAAAUGUUUAUUCUUUACUGUUUCCUAUAAGAGACUACAACAACCACACAAAAACAGCAAAAGAAAAUACCUUUCGGAAUAGGGAAAAAACCCUGUUUGGCCGUAGUAAAGAAUAAAUAUUCUGUGAUAAUACAGUUUAAUGUGUUGUUUAAAAUAUUAAUUUACUUUAAAUCUGUAUUAACUUCUCUCAUGUAUAAAAGAAUAUUGCAGAAUAUGAAUAGUUUGAUCAUUCUGUUAUCUCUCUGUUUCUUCUUUAUUUACAUAAAUGAGUAAAUAAAAAAAACAGCAGAUUUUUUUGCACAAUAUACAUAUUUGUUCAAAUGUAUAGCAACAGCAAGUAUUUUGUAAGUUUAGUAUCUCUUUUCUUUUUUUUUUUUUUGUACAAUUUCAAUAUACUAAAUCCAAAAGGUUUGUUAGAACUCUAAUUUAUAAUAAUCUACAAUUUACUUUUUGGAUAAUUCUGAUCAAUUUAAUUUUUUUUUCAAUUUUUUUCACGUACUGUACUUAACCAAAGGAAUUUUGAUGAAUUCUAUAAGACAUUUUGGGCAUUAUUUGUUCUCUGAUUGGAUUAAAACAUAAAUUAAAAGGCCCUAAAAACUUGAGGGUUUUUUCUUUCUUUUAAUUUAAAUUGCAUCAGAACAAAUAAAAAGGCCCAUCAAAUUGGAGUGUAGGAAGUAGAAAUUAAAGAAAAAAAAAUCAUCUAAGCAGUAACGAUGAUAUUUUGUAAAACAAUAAAAAUAAAAUAUAAUGACCAAAUUGAUAUUAAUUAAAAAAAGAAAAAAAAACUCACAGACACAUUACACGAAAGGAAGAAGAAAAUAAAGGAAAAUGCAACACACAGAAAUAUUCCAAUAAUUUAAUUUAGAGAAGAAAAAAAAACUAUAAACUAUUUCAUUAACAUCUGCUCUGGAAGACAAGAAGAAUGGUAAUUUUUAUUAAUAUAUUUGUAGAAUGUUGAAAGUAAUAGAAGACUCUCGUGAGCCAAACUUUGUUACUUAGAGCAAAGAAUAAAAUACUUUUAGCUCUAGGUGAGAGAAAAUUGCCAGGCUAUGAGGAUUUAAUUAAAUUUAUUACAACCAAUGUACAUUACAAAAUUAAGAUACUGAAGUAAAAAUAAAACAAAAGUAUAGUCCAAGAA